AACGCUUGUUAAUUAGGAUUUGUGUGUUUUCGCUUAGUUUUUCGUUUUUCAAUUCCAAGAAAUGAAAAUUAGCGGUGAAAGUAAUAACGAAAUGAUUCCAGAUUAGAUUAGGGAAACUGCUAAAGCCACUAUUUAUGAAUUAUUGCCGGUAAAGUCAAGAAAGAGGUAUGAAUUGGUCUGCAAUCUAUUUCAAACAUGGAGCAAUGAUAAAAAUGUACAUACUAUAAAUGAAGGAGUCACGCUUGCAUAUCUAAUGGAAAAAUCUAAUCUCUUGAAGCCAUCAAGCCUUUGGGGAAACAGCCUUUGUAGUUAUUGGAGAAAACAUUUCUUAAUACAGAAAAUAUUUGUCAUUACGUCAAGCAAAUACACUACAUCGUAGACUAUUUGCGUAUUACAAAAAUGGAAGGUGUACUAUUCAACCUAUUGGUAUUCAUACUUUUGGAAAUAUCGCCUGCACUAUUGCUGAAUUUGUUAAAUUACCGCACCCCAAAGAAUUAACCAGGCACUGUCUACGAAGGAGCUAAGCCACUUUACUGGCUGAUAGUGGUGGAACUAUAACCAACUUGAGAAGACACGGAGGAUAGAAAUCAACUAAUGGAGCAGAAGGAUAUAAUAGCAGAAAAUUCUUUAAGAAAUAAAAUUCACGUAGCUUCACAGAUUGAAAAUGGCCUCAACCAAGUUAAUAUCUCAAAAAAUGGUGCUAUGCAUAUACCCUAAUCUGAUCUACCCAUGGCCUGUAUCAGGAAUAGCAUUAUGGUUAGGCCUCAUUCAAGAUGUAUUAAUUCCAGUUGGUUUAGGAAUUGUGGAUUCUAGAUUCUGUAAAUGGGUAUCAAGUGUGUACCGAUGUUCUGGAUCUAAUGUUGAAGAUAAGUUACCUCACGUUGGACUUGUUGGCAAGUUUCGACCAUUUGGCAUCGCCAGUCAACCGCAGAGUUUGGAAAUACCGAACACUGAACGAAGUGUACCUGUUUUUCAAGCUGUUGAACAUAGAUUUCCCAUCACCAAUGGCUCCCUGUAUACCAGUAUCGACGGAAGAUUACCAGUUAUCCAUAAUUACAGAAGGAACAAGGACACCAGGAGAUGUGCCAAACUUGAAAAACAUCAAGCCAACGUAGCCUUCCAUACAUCUCUACUAAGCCACCGUCACGAUCUAAUCGAACAUCCACAAAAAUUUCCAUCGUGCAGUAACUGUGAAGCGGAUCUUUGUCCUAGUCAUUCCAAUUUGCACCAUCUCAGCACUAGCUACAUCAACAAACAGCUUAAUCAAUUGAGCCAAUUUAAACCUGCUCAGCUCAAUCAGUCGCCGUUCAAGCAAACUCAGUUUUUCUCCGAGCAAUCAAUUGAAUUCAAUUCAGAAUAGUCCUCCAUUUGGGCAGAAUCAUUUAAAUCUAUUGCAGCUGAAUUUAUUGAAUCAGAAACCGCAAUUAGAUAGAAUUAGUCAUAGCCACGACUCUUUACAUACUGUUCAAGAGGUUGAAAAUACACAAACGUUCUUUGGAGACGCUGAAAUGAAGAUAAAUCUGGGAUCCAGCAGUCAGGCAGUUAAAAGUUCUAGAAACUUAAUUCGUUUGCAUAAAAUGAGACUGAGUAGGAGUGAAGAUAGCUUGAACGAUUUACAAAUUAAGGAAAUUGAUAAUAUGUUUCAACUUAAUUCGCCACAAGCCCAAAGAUUGGAACCAAAUCAACGAUCCCCAUCCAUUCUUCAAAAAUCAGUAACCUCUCAAAUACAGGUCGAAGACAUUCCCAGAACUGAUAUCUACAGCUCCGACGACGAAUACGUUACUGAUAUAAACGAUAACUUUGACUCCAUGAGUUCAAAGAGUUGUUAUUCAAUCACCACAGAAGCUAACUGUGACUUCGAUUUCUUUCAAAGCAAUCAUCAGAAACCAAGUAAGGACUUGACGGUGAAAGAAGACGACGAACAGGAGUAUUUUAUCAUAAAUAAUGUUAACAACAGACCUGUUAUUACUUCGUACAAACCGGGUACUGAAAAGGAUAGUCCUAAAAGUGAUUUGAAGAAUUUUAGAAUAACGAGAUCAAAUUCAAAAAGAUCCUUAGAAAACUUUCAAGCAUACAUAGAGGUAGAAGAGAAUCUAAAAAAUAACAACAAAUUCAGCUUCCAACGAUCCAACUCAUACAUGACUCUAGAAGAUCGCUGUAAGAUUCGCUGUAACGACAAGCAAUUUAGAAAUAGUUGUAAAGAAUCGGACUGCUCCCAGUUUCAUGUCUACCGACAAAAAGUAAAAUCUGAAGAAUAUCUUCCGAAUACGACAACUGUGUAUAUUCAAGACUCUUCUGGUUGUUUUGAUAAGACUUGUAACGAGAAAUGCAGUGAUAAGUGCGUGCAUAGUAUACCAGAUCUUAAGAAAGUGUUUAUUUCUGAAUAUAUUUAAGUAUCAUUACCUGACAUUGUAUAUAAUAUAUUAAUUAUUUUU